CCAGCCCUGGAAAUUGGAUUUUUUUUGCAGCGAACCACAUGAACUGCUUUUCUCAUGGAAAACAGAGCAAUGUCAGUCUCCUGUCCACUAAACCACUCAAGCCUCAAAAUCUUCAUAUUCUAUACUCUUUCUACACCUCCCAAUCUCUCUCUGCCCCAAAACUUGUAUUUCCCUCGAAAGUUGCACUCCAUCUCCUCUUCCUUCUUGUCCUCUUACAUCCCCCAAAAUGACGACGUCGAUGACGAAGAACACGUCAUCGGCGAUUGCCUCGUCUUUGAAGACGGCGCUUUCCAAGACCCUUUUCUCCACCCUGACUCCAGCUUUGACAAUCCCAAUACGAGCACGACAAUCGCUAAAGCAAAACCCAACAACAACAACAAGAAGAAACAAUCAGCGGAAAUUGAGGCCGAGAAUUUGGUUCCAGAGCAAUGGCGACAUGUUCAGGAAGAGUUAUAUAUAACGAAGAAAGAAAGACGGAAAAUGGCCCACCAGUUGGAGUUUGGGAGCAGAUUUGAGAAGAGGAGGCAAGGUUUGGUCCCUACAAGGAACUUGAAUAUGCAAGAACACUUGAAGUAUAAAGAGCCUAAAUUGGCUCAAUUGAAUCCUGUGGUUCUUGAUAAGCCUUCGAGCUUUCCCAUGAAGGAGGAUAAAAAGAAUGAAGAAGAGUCAAAAGAGGCUGAAAUGAAUCUGCCAUCUUCGAGUGAGCGCGUGGCGCCUAAGAAUCCCAGGUGGGCAGUUUACGGUAAGGGCUUCGAGGAUGUUGCUGAGUUUUUCAACAGCGAGAACUAUCAGCUGGGCGAGAAAAAAUCUGAAGGUUCACGUAAGUUGUUUACAAAGGAGGAAAAACUUAUGUUAAAUAGGCGUGUACCUGAUUUAGCAGCUGCUACUUCUGGAAAAUGGCUACCUCUUCACACUCUUGCAGCUUCAGGAGAGUUUUAUCUCGUCAAUACUUUAUUGAAACACAAUAUUGACAUCAAUGCUGUGGACAAGAAUGGUUUGACUGCACUUCACAAGGCAAUUAUUGGAAAAAAGCAGGCCAUUACCAACUAUCUUUUAAGAGAAUCGGCUAAUCCAUUUGUUCGUGAUGAAGAUGGGGCCACCUUGAUGCAUUAUGCUGUCAAUGCAGUAUCAACUCCUACAAUUAAACUUCUUCUGUUAUAUAAUGUUGAUAUAAAUCUUCAGGACAAUGAUGGUUGGACGCCAUUACAUCUUGCUGUUCAAGGUAGAAGAACGGAUAUAGUGAAGCUUUUAUUAAUUAGAGGUGCAGAUAAGAUGUUGAAAAACAAGGAUGGUUUAAACCCACUUGACUUUUGCCUUUACUCUGGUCGAGACACAAGAACAUAUGAAUUGAUCAAGCUGUUGAAGCAGCUUCCAAAGCCACGGCGGGUGAUUAAGUAAGAAUCAAAGAUGAUCGU